AUGAUAAUGAACGGAAUCGCCUCGCCGAGUUCGUCACACCCACUGGUGGCUGUAGCACUCUUCCUGCUCAGUUCCACCUGGUUCGCCCUGAGUAUCCUGAUGUUUGCAGUCGAUUACCUCUUGGGCGUGUUAAAGCUGAAGGCUCCUGUCCUCUCGCAAGAGGCCUUGCGUGCACAAAUUAACAAGGCUGCCACAGCGACGCAUAUGCAAGCCUACGUCGAGCAGCGGGCACGCACCGCGGAUGAAUGUCAGCACGUCUCCUUCUCCGAUGCCGCAUCCCCGCGCGAGUCUGGGCCUGCACCCUCCCGCGCUCUCUCAGACCGGACACUAUGCGCUCCAUCAUCUCCCACCCGCUCUGUUAGCUCGUCGACACUGGUCUCGCGAUCGUCGCCGUCACGCUUGUCGCCACCGCUCCCGCGCACCACCGAGAGCAAGAAAGCCGGCGUCUCGUGCAGUCGUGCAGAGUCCUCUCCCGCGUCGUCACUGUCUGUCUCUCCGCGUCGACCCCAAAUGCCACUGCGACUUCCGACCUCUGUAAACAUGAACAUGUUUCGCAAGUCUCGCAGACCGCCAGCAGCAGAUAAGCAGCGCGCAGGUUCGGAUCCUGGAUCGUCGACAGCGACGCAGAAGCUUGCCGAGCAGGCGCAGAGGAAUACACAGAACCCGCCGGGGGAGUCGUAUCGUACUACGUUCGUCAACCCGUUCCGACUGAAGCCUCUGCGCUCCAAGACCGUAUCCGUAUUGCCAACAGCAAAGGAGCACCCCGAAGUAAAUUCGGAGGCUUCCAUACCUGCAUCCCCUCCACGGCGAUCAUCAUCAAAACGACUCUCGCUCCCCGCGUACCUCAAUAUCAACCUUAACAUCCAGACGAGCAUCCUCCAGAGCCCGCGCCCACGGACACCGCGCGAGAGGGAAGGUGUCCCACGUACGCAACCGUACGGUGCGCCGUAUUUCGCGGCGAUGCCGAGCCCAGUAGAAGUAAAGUCGCGGCGAUCAGCGUCGUGCUCGUCGUCACCGCGCAAGGGGAGUUUGGAUUCGGGUUCGCGGAACUAUGAGCGCCUGCGCGCGGAGGAGCUUGAAGAACAGCGUAUGCGCGGUACAUCAUUAGUAUCGGGUUUCGUCCCUCCAGUGAAGCAGGUGAACGCGCUUGGGUUGUCGUUGGGAUCCGGAGAGGAGAAGCGGAGCACGCGGCAUCGGCCAACGAAGAGCGACGGUGUGGUUGUUGUGAGAUAG